GGUCUGACAUUGGCAGCGCCGCAUUUCUGUUUGCAGUCCGCUGUGACUAGAGGAAGGUGGUUUUCGAGUGCUUUUUAUUUUCUACAGAGCGAAGACUUUUUUUUGCUAGAAUGCCUGAACCAGCCAAGUCAGCUCCCGCUCCCAAGAAGGGCUCUAAGAAGGCGGUGACCAAGACGCAGAAGAAGGGCGACAAGAAGCGUCGCAAGAGCCGCAAGGAGAGCUACUCCAUCUACGUCUACAAGGUGCUCAAGCAGGUUCACCCCGACACCGGCAUCUCCUCCAAGGCGAUGGGCAUCAUGAAUUCCUUUGUGAACGACAUCUUUGAGCGCAUUGCCGGAGAGGCUUCUCGCUUGGCUCAUUACAACAAGCGCUCCACCAUCACCUCUCGGGAGAUCCAGACGGCCGUGCGCCUCUUGCUGCCUGGGGAGUUGGCAAAGCACGCGGUUUCGGAGGGCACCAAGGCUGUCACCAAGUACACCAGCUCCAAGUAAGCAGAUUGUGCUGCUUAGCAAAGAACUCAAUAACCCAAAGGCUCUUUUAAGAGCCACCCACUUUCUCACAAAAGAGCUUGAGUCAUUUUUCAUCCGGAGUUCCAAUAAAUGCUGACAAUGCACAUCAAUUUUUAUUAACUAUUAAGUGAAAACAUUUGUGAUGGUGCUCUAAAGACACUCUCCAUAUAAGGCAUUUCAUUAUGUUAUAAUUUGAUUUCUGUGAUUGUUUCCCAUAUUGCAUGAAACCAAGUUAGGUGGGGCAGUUUAUGGAAAAAAACCACUUGCAGGUUAGAGUGGUAGCAUAGCUCAAAUACGCCUUGAGCAGGUGUGCUUCACAAAGCUAUGCAUAGUAUUUUCAAAAACUAAAAAGCUUCAUACCAUCAACUUGGUUGAGUUUGGUGAAUCAAGAAUAUGCUAAGAAUGUGCUUUGGAUGAUGGAAUCAUAAACUUUGCUACAGGAUAGCUAGGCCUGGCACUUACAAUAGAGACUACUAAUUUUUGGGCAAGCUUCUACAUAAUUUUUGUGAGUAGCUAAAUGUGACAUUUUUAAUUACUGUUCGUCUGUAACAAAUUUCCCAAAGGGUAGUUUUUAGCAACAAUGUCCCCUGGUAUCUUAGAGCCUCAGGCCUAUUAUGGUGUUAGGUUUUUGUGUAUCACACUCCACAUUCUUCAAGAUACACACACAGAAUUGUAAAGUGGGUCUGGUUGUUGAUGGUCAUCUAGUCCAACCCUCUGUGAUUCAAGAAUCUCAACUAGAUCAGGCAUCCCCAAACUUCGGCCCUCCAGAUGUUUUGGACUACAAUUCCCAUCUUCCCCGACCACUGGUCCUGUUAGCUAGGGAUCAUGGGAGUUGUAGGCCAAAACAUGGAGGGCCGCAGUUUGGGGAUGCCUGAACUAGAUCAUACAUGAAGUGCAAUCCUUAAUUGGGAGGCAAAUAAAGGUAUAUCUGACAUUUGUUUUGCAACCUAUGACAGACAUUCUUCCUCCCUAAGGUCACAAUGAGGAGCUACUGAAGGAGUUGAUACUAAAUUAUGAAUAAGGUUCGCAAGUUUUAAAUUACAGGGUAUUUAAUAUAGAAGCCCUGAUUUGGAUGUAGCCUAUGGGUUUUGCUAAUGAUAUGUCUGUAUUAAAAACGAGGAUGCAGCAGAACUUUCAUGUUCUGGAAUUGAA